UAUUUUAAUGAUUUGGAAUUUUAGGGUUUUGCGUGAACAUUUUAAUUAAUGACUUAACAUAAUCGUAUAUGUUGCUACUUAAUGUUUGUUUAAUAAUUAUAUGUUGUUUUGUGUUGUGAGAAACAGAUGAUUUCUAAUUUCUGAGUUACAUGCCUUUUUAGUUUUGGCCAUAUUGAAAGUGGUGAUGUUUGCUGAAUUUUUGCUUAUUGAUAGGUUUUUUUUUUAAAGCUAAUGAUUUUAUUUAUCUAAAGAAGCAGGAUUCUGCUGCAUCAUAACUGGUCUUACAAUUUAGAAAAAAAUUAAAGUUAGCUGAAACAAGUGUGAAGAAGUACACAAUUUAAAGCACACAAUAGUCGUACUUGGAUCAUUACUCUGUUUUCCUUUUCGGAUUUUAGCUAGGUAUACUGCGUCGCAAAAUCCCUCAAGACCUUAGGAUCCUAGGCCGCUUGAACCUAAUCCCAGAGGGUGAGCAUAAUACUCCUUAAUGACCCUUUAGGAUUGUAGGCUCAUCAAAAGCACAUUUUUCUUGUACAAAGAAGACUUUAAUCUGGGGAAAAGAGAAGAGGUUGCAGUUACUGGGAUUUGAACCCUAGGCUUGUUGGAUGCUACUUUUCAAGGAUGGCUGUAUGAACCAGCUGAGUAAAUUUCAGGUUCACAUCAAAAGCACAUUGAAAAUUAAAUUAAGUACACUUGUAAUCACACCUAAUCUUGCUCAAAGGUAUUUGUGGAGGCAAUGAAGGUAGAGGAAAACUUGGAGAUAUUUUGGAAGGAAAUUGAAGUCAUGAAAGGAUGCUAUGUGCUUUCUCAAGUAUGUUUUCGGCUCUGAUUUGAAGAGGGAAGGAGUUCCUGGCUUAAGUUGGAAACAAGAACAGAGGAACAAUCUAGUAUUACUCAAACAAAAAGUAAAAGCUACACCCAUCAAGAACAACGCAUGGAUGUCUGUUCCUCAAUUUGGAGGGUGGGAUCAGAAAGGUCCAGGAGCUACGGACUAUUCGAUGGUCUUCUCGCGAGCUCGGGAAAACAGGAAGCAACAAAAGACUGAUGCUAGGCGUAGCCUUGGAAAUGAGCAGGAGUUCAUUGCUGCUUCACUACCUCAGCAGCGACAAGAGGACGAAGAUUCUAUCACGAAGAGAAAGAAGAUCUUGACCUACAUUAACUGCUGUAUCAGGCCUUGACCCCAGCCAUGCAUUCUGCACAUUUCCAGUCAUUUGGCGUUGUAAACAGAAUUAAACUUCUGGCAUAUUUAGAUUUACAGGCGCUCUGCCGCUGGGGAACAAAGCUGAAGUUUCCAAGCUUUAAGCAUGAUUUGCCAUGUAAAUAUCCUUCUUACUAUGUAUAAUUUUCUUCUCCAAAACUGAUUGUACUAGCAUGAUAAUUAUAUCGACUUCCGAAGUUACCUAUACCAAUGUUAGUCUAGCUCUUUUCU